AUGCAGUUGUGUUGUGAACACAUAAAUGGCUCCUGCAUAAAGAGCAGCUGGUCAAUCAGCAUUCGUAUUUCCAUGUAUAUCUUCAUGGUGUGUGUGAUCCUGGCUACCCUAGCUGGCAAUUUGACUGUGAUCAUCUCAAUAUCGCACUUCAAGCAGCUCCACACCCCGACCAAUUUCUUAAUCCUCUCGAUGGCCACAGUGGACCUUCUCCUUGGUUUCCUUGUCAUGCCUUAUAGCAUGGUGAGGUCGGUUGAGAACUGCUGGUAUUUCGGAGAAUUCUUCUGCAAAAUCCACACCAGCAUCGAUAUCACUCUGAGUACAGCCUCCAUCUUCCACCUCUCUUUUAUCUCCAUUGACCGCUACUAUGCCGUGUGUGACCCACUGCGAUACAAAGCAAAGAUCAGCACAGGGGUCGUAUUGAUCAUGAUCUUUGUAAGUUGGGUCUUCCCUGCUACAUUUGGCUUUGGGAUGGUCUUUUUGAAGUUAAACAUGAUUGGAGCAGAAGAGACCUUCUAUAAGCUCAUCUACUGCGUGGGAGGCUGCUUUGUCUUCUUCAAUGAAACGUCAGGAGUGGUGGCCUCCGUGGUUUCCUUUUACAUCCCUGGAUUUGUCAUGUUGUGUGUCUAUGGGAAGAUAUACACUAUAGCCAAAAGGCAAGCCAGGUCCAUUAAGGCUGCUGCAAACCAAAUACAGAUCAGAUUUGAGCAUCACAUUUCACACAGCAGAGAACGAAAAGCAGCCAAGACUUUAGGCACUGUGGUCGGUGUCUUCCUCAUCUGCUGGUUCCCAUUCUUUUUCUGCACGGCAACAGACCCCUUUAUGAAUUAUGCGAUACCUCCCAUUCUCAUUGAUGCCCUGGUUUGGUUUGGUUAUAUGAACUCCACCUUCAACCCAAUUGUUUAUGCGUAUUUUUACCUGUGGUUUCGAAGGGCCUUGAAGAUGAUUGUACUGGGGAAGGUUUUUCAGCAAGAUUCAUCCAGGACUCAGCUCUUUAUGGAGUGA